UCUCUCACUCUAUGGCGAUAUCUGAUGUGGUGGCGAGGAACCUGACCACAAUCUACGUGGCGCUUAUGGCGUGUCUUCAGGGCUAUGGUCUUGUCUCUGGUCGAAGGUUUAGCAGCGGCUACGUUGUGAUUGUGUCUGCCACCGUGGUGGUUCUCAUCCUGGUGGCGACCCUGACGUGGGACGUCUCACGUAAAGCCACGUGUGCUUUCACCAGCGACCACGAUGAUAACCAAGAGGUGUGUAAGGGAGGAAUCUGUUGGCACGGCGUUGCGCCGCGAUCCCCUGCUUCUCAGGUCCGUUUUAGGCUUCCUCGCCAGCUUCCCUUAGCGCCUUUGUAAUAAAUUAAUUGGUAAAAAUAGAGAGAGAGAGAAAAAAAAAGAGAAAUGAAAAGG